AUGGCCAAAAACAAGGAGCUUUGCGGCUUAGAAGCCGCCCGCGCGGCCGCCAAGAGCGCACAGCUGGCCGCGCUGCAACAGGGCGCCACAGCGCAGAAGUGCGGAGAAUACGCAGGAGCAGCUGCUGCCAAGCACGGCCAGGAGCAGGGCCUGGAGCCUUCCAGGGCGGCAGAAGCCGCGCUGCGAGCAGCAGGCGAAGCCUACGUGGCCGCGGCCGCGACAACACCCGGCGGCGCCUCUUCGGAGGAAGCGGGACGCGUGGCAGCGGCUGCUGGACUUGCCCAUGGUCUGGACUCGGAUUUGGUGCCCAAGUUCUCCAGCGAGCUGGCUGGCGAGGUGGCGGCGGAACUGGCGCUGCGACGCGGCUUGGCCUUUGCGCCACUGGCAGCGGCCAACACGGCCUUUCGUUGUGCCAAACGGCAGGGUGCAGCGCAGAACGCCCUGACCUCCGCAGCCUUCGCCGCCGGCGCAGCUGCCAGCGCCGCCGCCGGCGGUGCCGCGGCCGAGAGUGCCGCGGCGGCGGCCGGGGAGGCAGCCAUCAAGGCAGCCCGACAGUUGGGUGCUUCAGCGGAUCUGACAGUGGACCUGGCAGCAGCGGUGGCUGGCAAAGUCAUGGCAGAGCGCUGUUUCGCCACGGGCUCCGCAUCUGCCGAAGCAGCUGGCCGGGCAGCAGCGGCGGCGGCCGCAGAGGCGGCUGCAGGUUUGGGCAUGGCCCUGCCUGCACUGCAACAGCGCCAGGCCUUGGCUGCAGCCAAGGCUGCGGGCCAGGUCGGUGCAGAGGAGGCUCUGAAGAAAUCACUCAGUGCGCCAGAGGUGGCAGUAGAAGCAGCCAAGGCCGCCAAAGAUAUGGCCAUGAAACACAACUUGAGCCAGACCAACGCCCUGGCCGCCGCCGCGGCCGCUGCGGGCGCCGCGGCGGCCAAAGUGGCCAAAGAAACGACCACGGCGUCACCAGAGAAGGCGGCCGAGGAAGCUGGAAAGGCUGCCGCCAAGGCAGCUGAAGGAUCUUGUGUGGCUGAAAAUGCUGCUAGGGCAGCAGCAAAUGCGGCUGCUGAAGCCACUGAAGCUGCAGGCCUCACGCCCUGGGCCGUGGCCAGCGCGGCCGGCAAGGCGGCCGCCAGGGCGGCGGAGCUGGAAG